AUGCAGCUGUUGCAUCAACUGACCCUCCUACUGGCAUUAAACGCGCACUUUACCGUCGCAGUGCUCCGAUUACCACUCGCAAGACGUGGGCCUGAGACCGUUCGUAGACCGACCACCUCUGUCGUAUUCAAAGAUGCAGCGCACCGAUCGAGUCGCACUCGUGUAGAGACUGACUAUACGCUUGAAAACCCGAAGGUUAUUGCGGACAAUGGAGCCUUACGUCCUGGAAACCGUGUCAAGCUCCAGAAUUUUGGCAACGUGCAGUACAUUGGAUCCGUGGGAUUUGGGAACCCACCGCAAUACGUGGACAUGGCCUUUGACACUGGCUCUAGUGAUACGUGGAUUCCCGGUAUCCAUUGUGCCAGUUGUAGUCCCCACCAUCGAUUCGAUGUGUCAAAAUCGACGACUUUUUUCGACACGAGAGAGAAGUUCUACGAUGAGUACGGCAGCGGCUCCGUGUCCGGCACUGUGGGGGUAGACUCAGUUACUGUUUCUGGUUUCGUGGUAACGCACGUCCGAUUUGGUGUAGCUGUUGCUGAAAGUACACGACUCCAGACCUUUCUAGCCGAUGGUGUCUUCGGCUUGGGGUUCGAACACCUUGCUCGGAUUACUCGACCCACUGCGUUUGCAGCACUUGCAGAGCAACAGGCCGACUUGGCAAAUAUGUUUGCUUUUCAUCUCACAUCGGAAGCUUCUGUCAUAGGCAGUGAAUUGCAUCUUGGAGGGUACGACUUGUCCGUCGUCGGUCCCAAUGCAUCUUUCCACUACACGCCUGUGGUCCGACUGCCUCCAUUCGACUCGUUCAUGUACUGGACGAUCCAGAUGAAUGACUUUUCAGUGCUUUCUCGUCAUACGGACAAGAUGGACACCGACGUCAGCAAUGGGGCCAGUCCCGAGAAUUUAGCCGCUCUGAAGAUGUGCACGCCCUUUUGCUACGCUAUCGUCGACACGGGCACGUCAUUGAUCAGCAUCCCAGCCAGUGACUUCAACGACGUAAUCCGUGAGAUCACUGGCGACAAUGACUGCGACGGCGUCUACUGCAACGCUGUAUCGUUCAGGGACUUCCCCGUGCUGCGCUUUGGCAUGGUGCCCGACAAUGUCUUUUUGCUGCAGCCUCAGGACUACCUCUCGUGUCUCGACUAUGGUCGGUGCACGCUCCAGUUGGAAGAGACAAGUGAUCCCUACUGGGUCCUCGGAGACGUCUUCCUUAAGACGCACUACACGCUCUUUGAUGCCGAGCACAUGCGCGUAGGCUUUGCGUGCAACGGCAGCGUCUGUCAAGGCGGCAGUGGCGACAUCUUUGGUGCGGACAAGGAAGAAGACGCGUUCAGUGCAUGGGAAACCGCUUUCUUACUGAGUGCGUGCUUUGCAGCUACGAGCUUGGUCCUCGCGGUCUUUCAGCUCCAUUAUCAUCACUACGAAGAUGACCAGGAAGCAAACGAGUCGUGUUUACGGCAAGACCGAGGCGUUUGUAGCUCGUUUUUUGCAUGGCGACGACAGAAGAAGUUGACGCAAGAGACGACGUGCAUGCAAGAGAAGUUAGAGCAGCCGCUACUGCUCAAUAACGGCGACAAGAAGCGUCAGUACGCGGCUGCGGGGCACAUUUACGUCGGUGGUAGGUAG